AGAGCCUUCAUGGACGAUAUCACAGUGACAACAACCACGGUACCAGGAGCAAGAUGGAUCCUCCAAGGGUUGGAGAGGCUCAUGGUAUGGGCACGCAUGAGCUUUAAACCUGGAAAAUCUAGAUCCUUGGUGCGAAAGAAGGGGAAAGUCACAGAUGAAUUCCGCUUCAGGCUGGGACAACAUCAAAUCCCAUCAGUCACUGAGAAACCAGUAAAGAGCCUCGGGAAGGCCUUUAGCUGUAGUCUCAAUGACAGGGACUCCAUCAGGGAAAGCAGCACUGAUAUGGAGGGUUGGUUGAGAGCAGUGGAUAGAUCAGGGCUCCCAGGAAGAUUCAAGGCUUGGGUCUACCAACAUGGAAUCCUCCCAAGACUCCUCUGGCCCCUGCUCAUUUAUGAGGUCCCCAUGACUGUGGUUGAAGGUUUUGAGCAGAAGGUGAGCAGCUAUCUACGCAGAUGGCUGGGAUUGCCACGCAGCUUAAGUAACACCGCUCUGUAUGGGAAGACCAACAAGCUCAGACUUCCUUUUGGCUCAGUCAGGGAGGAGUUCAUUGUGGCACGGGCACGGGAACACUUGAUGUAUUCUGGAUCCAGAGAUGCGAAAGUGUCCGGGGCAGGGAUUGUCGUUAGGACAGGGAGGAAGUGGAGGGCAGCAGAGGCAGUCCAACAAGCUGAAACUCGACUGAAGCACAAGGCCAUCCUUGGGUCAGUAACGCAAGGCAGAGCUGGACUUGGGAGCCUAACAGCAAACCGGUACGACUUGGCCAGCGGGAGGGAGAGGCAGAGGUUGGUGCAGGAGGAGGUGCGUGCUUCAGUUGAGGAGGAGAGAUCCAGCAGAGCAGUGGCCAUGCGGCAGCAAGGUGCCUGGAUGAAGUGGGAGCAGGCGAUGGAGCGGAAUGUCACCUGGAAGGACAUCUGGACGUGGAACCCCCAGAGAAUCAGGUUCUUGAUCCAAGGGGUCUAUGACAUUCUUCCCAGCCCAUCUAACCUGUACACAUGGGGCAGAGUAGAGACACCUGCAUGCCCGCAGUGUUCCACACUGAGACCUGAUAUCAUCUUGGUCUCUGAGGCCACAAGACAGUUAAUCUUGCUAGAGCUGACAGUGCCCUGGGAGGAGAGGAUGGAGGAGGCUCAGGAGAGAAAGAGGGGAAAAUAUCAGGAGCUGGUGGAGCAGUGUCGGAUAAAUGGGUGGAGGACCAGGUGUAUGCCAGUGGAAGUAGGCAGUCGGGGAUUUGCCAGCCAUACCCUGAGUAAGGCCUAUGGUACACUGGGCAUAACAGGCGUCAACCGAAGAAGAGCCAUAAGUAACAACGUGGAGGCAGUGGAGAAAGCAUCCAGAUGGCUCUGGUUGAAGAGGGGAGAGCGGUGGGGGCGGUAG